CAGCAAUUUUUGGACAGACUGGAAUGUUUAUCCCUUAAUAAAGAGAGAGACAAUAGAGAGGCUUUGUUCUCAGUGUUGUUGAUGGUGGGUAGGUGGGGUGGAGAGCCGUCAAAAUAUCAGCACCUCUCCUCCUCCUCCUCACUUUCAAACUAUAUGUUGCCGGUCAUCAACAAUACAACACUCAUAAACGAGCUGGAAGUCAUCAGUUGCUAAGUAAAAGCUCUCUGCCUGAACUUACAAAUACAGAUUACCCUUUUAAAAUCCGGAGUUCCUUCAUUUGAGCAUCAUGACUGGAACAGCAGUGGUUCUGAUGAGCCUGGUCCUCAUCCUCUCUGUGGGUGCAGAGGAUAAAUCAAGACUCUACCGCAGGCCUGCAUGUGGAGGUUUGAGCGUCAAUCAAGCAUGCCCUCUCAAUUACUCUCCCGUAUGUGGUAAUGAUGGAAUCACAUACGUCAAUGAAUGCACCCUGUGUGUGCAGAGAAUGCACACUAAUGCAGACAUUUUGAUUGUGAAAGAUGGCCGCUGCUGAGGUGGAGGACCUUAUGAUAUCAUCUCUUCGCUUUUCAUAUCCAUGUUUGUUUAAGAGUGUUGUUUGCUAUGCUCAUCCGGGGGAUGUGAUCAGUAUACCUAUAAACAGUAGACGUGUGAACACAUCUAGCACAUGUUAAAAUGAAAAAUAUAAGUACUAAAAGCAAGUACUAAUGUGUCAGUUUUAUCACAUCUCAGUGACUUUGAGUGAAUAGUGCUUGGAUUUUCUACUAAGUCAGUUGGUUUCAUGAUACUGUCCUGUCUUUCUUUAACAUAUUUCUUUCUAUAAUAUAAAUUUAUUCCUUUAUUUCUGUAGUAACUGCUCUGAGUGCAAUGUUUUAGGAGUGAAGUUUUGCAGUGACCGCUUAUUUUUAUAAAUAUGUUUUUAAAAAAAUCUAACAAAAAUGGAAUCUGUCCAUGGAAAAUGGACAGAUGACAAGCUGUGGGAAGACCAUUUAUACCUUUAUUUUAUUUAUUUAUUUAUUUAUUUUUAUUUUUUUUUGCUAAUAAAAUAAACAUACUUGGCCAAACAAAUGUAAGACUGACCAGCUUCACUUUGUCUUGCUUUUCUUUGCAUGAUCUUU